GUCAAGAAGGCUGUGGGUCAAGAAGCGAGUCUUGCUACUUAAAUGCGCCUAUGAACCACCAUUUUGUUUAUUUUCGUGUGAAAUUGGUGAAUUGUGAUCUGUGCAACAUAAGUUUUUAUAUGUUUAAGAUUUAGUGAUUAUAAAAUUACGUGUAUUAUAUAUGGUUCGGUCGUUUCCCCUGGUAACAGGGGGUGAAGAAAUCCGCAGACAUUGGGCGCAUUGCAAGUAAACACGUUAAAGUGACGGUGUCCGGUAAAAACUCAGUCGGUUCUGGGAAAGAUCGUACAGUUAGUCUUAAUUUAAAAAAACCAAAAAUUCAGAUCACGACAGUUGAAAAUAUGAAUCACGUAAAUGACAAGGAAAAUCAAAAUAAUGACGUAGAGGAGAUGGACACACAAGAAGGUGGAGUAGACGGUGGCGGAGAGACCCAAAUGAACGGUGAGACACAAGAUCAAACCGUGUCACAGGACGCGGAAAUGGAGGAAGAUGAAGCCCGUUCGGAAGCCACCUUCAGGUAUACUGUAACAAACUUCAGCAAACUGAAAGACACACAAUUGUCCCCUCCAACCUACGUGAGAAAUCUACCCUGGAAGAUCAUGGUGAUGCCAAGAACAAGUCCUGCACAAGAUAGACAAAAUCAGAGAAGUCUAGGUUUUUUCCUCCAGUGUAAUGGAGAAUCGGAAUCAACAUCGUGGAGUUGCAACGCUACUGCCGAACUGAGAUUGCUGAGCAAUAAGGAGGGCGUCCCACCAUUCUCUCGGACGAUACAGCACCUCUUCUACAGCAAAGAAAAUGACUGGGGGUUUAGCCAUUUUAUGUCCUGGCAGGAUGUUCUAGAAUCGGAUAAGGAGUAUGUUAAGGAUGACUCAAUUACGCUGGAGGUUAAAGUCCAGGCUGAUGCACCACAUGGCGUGAGUUGGGAUUCGAAGAAACAUACAGGAUACGUAGGUCUUAAAAAUCAGGGUGCCACGUGCUACAUGAACUCUCUUCUGCAGACACUGUAUUUUACAAACCAACUAAGGAAGGCUGUUUACAAAAUGCCAACAGAGAGUGAUGAUUCAAGCAAAAGUGUAGCACUAGCACUUCAGAGGGUAUUCCAUGAGUUGCAGUUUUCAGACAAACCUGUUGGUACAAAGAAACUAACAAAAUCUUUUGGCUGGGAGACGUUGGACUCCUUCAUGCAGCAUGAUGUUCAAGAAUUUCUACGUGUGCUGUUGGACAAACUUGAAAGUAAGAUGAAGGGAACCUGUGUUGAAGGAACUGUGCCAAAGCUCUUUGAAGGAAAGAUGGUGUCUUUCAUUAAAUGCAAGAACAUUGACUAUACAUCUACAAGAGUAGAGACCUUUUAUGAUAUUCAACUCAACAUCAAGGGGAAGAAAAAUAUUGAUGAAUCAUUUCGUGACUACAUAACAACAGAAGUAUUGGAUGGUGACAACAAGUAUGAUGCUGGUGAGCAUGGUUUACAGGAUGCUGAGAAAGGAGUGAUAUUCUCAGCAUUCCCUCCAGUUCUGCAUUUACAUCUUAUGAGGUUCCAGUAUGAUCCCAUAACUGAUUGUUCAGUUAAAUUUAAUGACAGGUUUGAAUUCUAUGAAAAAAUAAGUCUUGAGCCAUACUUGCAGCAACCUGAGCCAACAAGAGCAGAUUACACACUUCAUGCAGUUCUGGUACAUAGUGGAGAUAAUCAUGGUGGCCACUAUGUAGUUUUUAUAAAUCCCAAAGGUGAUGGAAAGUGGUGUAAGUUCGAUGACGAUGUAGUAUCUCGUUGCACAAAAACAGAAGCCAUUGACAACAAUUAUGGAGGCCAUGAUGAUGACAUGAACAUGACAGUGAAGCACUGUACUAAUGCAUAUAUGUUGGUCUACAUUCGUGACAGUGAAUUAAAAAACGUGUUACAAGAAGUGACUGAAGAGGAUAUUCCUCAGGAGCUAGUGGAGAGGUUACAAGAAGAGAAACGAAUGGAACAGAUACGCCGCAAGGAAAGGAACGAAGCUCAUCUAUACAUGUCUGUUCAAGUACUGCUAGAGGACAGCUUUGAUGGCCAUCAGGGUAAUGAUUUAUACGACCCUGAACGUGCACAGUAUAGAAUAUUCAGGGUACGGAAACAAACGACACUUCAAGAACUCCUAGAACACUUAGCAGAAAGUAUGAAGUAUCCAGUUGACCAAAUACGACCGUGGCCAUUUGGAUUCAGGUCAAAUCAAACUUGUAGGCCAACGCUAAUUGAUGUUGAAGCAGACUUGCACAAGCCUAUAUUGGAAGUUGCUGAAAAUCAGAAUCCUUGGAAUAUUUUCUUGGAGGUUGUACCUCCAGAUUCUGGUUUGCAGACUCUUCCCCCUUUUGACAAGGACACAGAUGUGCUGCUGUUCUUCAAAUUGUAUGAUCCAAAAAACAAGAGGAUACAUUACUGUGGGCAUCAUUACAUGCCUGUCGCAGCAAAAGUCCAGGAACUUAUUCCAAUGUUGAAUGAAAGGGCGGGCUUCCCUGCAGAUACAGAACUAAUAUUAUAUGAAGAAAUAAAACCAAAUAUGGUAGAAAAAAUUGAAAACUGCAAUGAGCCUUUGGAGAAAGUUCUUGAAGAACUGAUGGAUGGUGAUAUUAUUGUCUUUCAAAAAGACGAAAGAGAAGAUUCAGAACUUCCAACAUGUAAAGACUACUUUAAGGAUUUGUUUCACCGUGUUGAAGUAACUUUCUGUGAUAAAAUGAUACCCAACGAUCCAGGAUUUACGAUUGAUCUUUCACAGAGGAUGACUUAUGAUCAAAUGGCACGAGCUGUCGCCGAACGAGUUGGUGUAGACCCUUACUUGCUUCAGUUCUUUAAGUGUCAAAACUACAAAGAUAGUCCUGGAAACCCUCUCCGGUGCACCUAUGAUGGAACAUUAAAAGAAUUGCUAGUUUAUUGCAAGCCUAAGACGCCUAAGAAAAUAUUUUAUCAGCAGCUUAGUAUACGAAUUAAUGAACUUGAAAACAAGAAACAAUUUAAGUGUGUAUGGGUAGGCCCAAAAUUGAAAGAAGAAAAGGAGCUAAUACUGUACCCAAAUAAAAAUGGUACAGUAUCAGACCUCUUGGAGGAAGCAAGAAAGCAGGUUGAACUGUCCGAAAAUGGGUCUGGAAAACUUAGGAUAUUUGAAGUAAACUGCAACAAAAUUAUUUCUGGCCCAAAGGAAGAUGGUCCACUAGAAACACUAAACUCUUCUGCUAGUAAAACAUUCAGGAUAGAGGAGAUACCACGAGAUGAACUGCACCUAGCGGAUGAUGAAAUGCUAAUGCCAGUUGCCCAUUUUUAUAAGGACAUUUUCUCUACAUUUGGCAUUCCAUUCUUCCUUAAAGUGAAGCAUGGGGAGCCAUUUUCAAAGAUUAAAGAUAGAUUACUGAAGAAAUUAGGAAUUCAAGAAAAAGAAUUUGAGAAGUUUAAAUUUGCACUAGUUGUGAUGGGGAGGCCAACAUUUAUUGAACAGCCAGACUACUGCAUAAAUUUGCAGGAUUUCAGGUGUCAUCCAAACCAAGGAAACACUGCACCAAUGCCUUGGCUUGGGCUAGAGCAUGUAAACAAAGCUCCCAAACGAUCUAGGUACAAUUAUCUGGAGAAGGCUAUUAAAAUCUACAACUGAGAAGUCCUAGGCUGUUUCUUGUACAUACGUAAUUUGGUUGCAAGGACUCCAAGAGAAAGCAACCUUUAUUUGUAAUGAAGAGGUAUUUAAACCUCAGAAAGACUGAGUGGGAUUGUGUUGUGAACAGACAUUCAGUGACAUUGGUGUGGUGAACUGUGUCUGCAGCAACAGUGAUAAAAUAACGAACUGUGUCAUUUUGUCAGAUGUGACAAGUACAGCGUUGUGUGAUCAGGUAAUAAAAUUGUUGUGUUAUUUCUUU